CGCGAUCAUCGACUCAUUCGGCAUGACUUUCUCAGCUACCAGCAGAAGCGUUGGCCAAGUCUCUAUCGUCUGUGCGGGGGGUUUUGUCUAUGAUAGUAUUUACGCGGGUAGAAUCAAUUCCAGGACAAACCACGGAUUCGAUUGACGUUUACAAAAAAUUAAAGUAUAUAUGCUUGUACGAGAAAAACAUCGAAGUAGAAUUGAUACCUAACUUUGACGUCGUGAGUAGUGUUUCCGGUUUCAGACUACGCCACCGCAUGUAAAUGAACGGAAUCAAGCAGUGGAGAAGAGGAUCGAUCAUGAUGAGAUUUGCGUGACUUUUACUCGGCUACCUGGGAGCUCCAGCUGCCGGUGGCAAGUAGGGCAAGUAGGCAUCUCAAGAGAAGAAAAGGAUGCAUACGGAGCGUGCUCUUCAAACGCACAGACGCCGUAUAUCUCGAUUCCGAUGCUUCUCCCAGGGUUUUGCGCCACACUAGACACGACCGCAACCUUCUCGGCAGCGAGACACCUCCCCCAGUGACAAGGCCAAUCCAGCACCUCGCACGUCGACACUUACGUUAUGUCCAUCAAAAUCAAAACACUGGGCUUGACGUCUUACAUUCGUGAGUUCACUGUGCGCGGAGGGUCGUAAGGCUAGUGACCGACAUACGUAACACGGACGGACAAAAGGGGAUGGCUCGAUAAUGCUACAUUUGUGCUGUGAUUAUGCGUAUAUGUACCGUGCAAGUAGAGAUGAGGAUAGCGAGAAGGGAAGCAAAGGAAGCGGCAGGGCUGUAGCGGUCGUAAAACGGGGAGAACGGCAACGGUGACGGAGAGAAAGUGGAGUAGUCACGUCAAAGCGGACUACUUGAGAGUAGUGAGGAAGCCGCGAGCAGCAUCGAGCCGGCAUUGGCGAUACCAGAAUCGCUACGCCCGAUGUACGACGACCCGCCGAGUAUGUUUCCCGGACCUCCUGCGCUCGUUCAAUGCCAUGGGUCGCCGCCACGCAUCGUCAGAGUCCAUGUCCUCGGCUAUGGGGUGCGAUGGAGACGAUGCGGACGGGGGUACGUCAGGCGGUGGAAGCCGGGGCGAUGCAUGCGACUGGCGCGCCUGGUGCGCCGGGAGAUGAUGGCCAGGCCCUGCACCAGGCUGCGGAUGAGGCGGAAGGGGGAAUGGAGGUAACGCAACGCGCUCUCGAUCUCGCCCGCCAGCUGCGCUGCUGUUGGGCCUCUCCGCGCGUCUCUUUCCUGCGCUCGGUCCCGCAUACUCAUCUUCGCCAGUGGGGUUUCCAAAGCCGAUGGUCCCCCGGGCAAAGAAGGCCCGCUCUUGCCGAGCAAACCACCCACUCGUCGGGCCGGGUCGGAGUUCGUCUAGUGAGGGUGCUUGGGGAGGGAAGAGAGCCAUGAGGUCGUGACCUGUAAGGCCGCGUGGUCGCCCAGGAUGAGAUAAGGCGCGGGGCGAAGAAAGCUGUGGACUAUCGACGGAAUGGGGCCGAGAGUGAGCAGCCAUGGGCGGAAUAUCAAGCUCGCGAAGACGUCUGGUAUUUGCUGUGUUGGCGGGGGAGAUGGGUGUUGUCACUGUUGUCGCGUUUGUCGUGGUCGGAGAAGAGUUAGUGCCGGUGGGCGAGGGCGGAGUAGAGGUGGACACGGGACGGAGGCUGAAGCUCUUAGAGGGCGUGCUCGUGCUCCGCGUGGCACUCAGGCCCCGGCGACGGUGGAUGAGGGCGGAGGGACAUACCAAAUAUCAGGCGGAGGCGAUGUCAAAGGGGAUGUUUUCUCCUCCCCGUCCCGCUUUUAUGCUCCUCGUUACCGGAUCCGCCCAAGGAAGGCCUGGCACAAGAAGACGCCAAAUGCCAAAGAAGAUGUGCUGUAAGAAACAAGAUUGAGGCUCAGCAGAUGGCAUCGAGAUGAACGGGUAAAAAGCAGAUCUGCCUCGUGGGAAUUCGCCGAGGGCUUGGUCGACUUGACAGAAACCAUCAAACACCGGAGAUUGCCGACAGUGCCGAAGGGAUUGAGCUGCUUGAAUUGCGCGCGGGGGUGAUGCAUU